AUGCGCUGGUCGAACGAUAAGUACAUAUCCAACCUUCACCGUGUUAUCAAUGUCAGUGGCGUGGAGAGGUAUAGUAUCCCGGUGUUAUCCUCGGGCAACCCGAAUUAUGUGGUCAAGUGCCUACCAAACUGCAAGAAGGAGGAUGAGGAACCCAAGUGGCCACCGAUUACGAUCGAGCGGGCAAUUUUGGCAGGGUACUCGGAUAGUUGUUGGAGUGCGGAAAGGUUCAAGAGGGAUGCUGCAGCAAAAGCGGCGAGUGAGGGGCCUCUAAUGCCACAGCCGAAGGAGGUUGCUGUUGUAUAA